AUGUUGUUACUGCCUCUAUUGGUUGCUUUGCCAGGCUUGAAUGUAGUCGAGAGCCGAAAAACACUGGCUGUGGAGCACUAUGUUGAGUACUGUGCUGUGAGCUGCAGAGCUUACAGUGCCUCAGUGACGGAGUUUGGAGCGGUUGGCGAUGGACAAACUUCGAACAUGCGGGCCUUUCAGACGGCUGUAGAUCAUCUGAGUCAGUACUCGUCGAACGGCGGGUCUCAACUUUAUGUUCCACCAGGAAGAUGGUUGACUGGUAGUUUCAAUCUCACCAGUCAUUUCACUUUGUUCCUACACAAAGAUGCAGUCAUUCUUGCCUCUCAGGACGAAAGUGAGUGGCCGGUGAUUGAGCCCUUACCGUCUUAUGGUCGAGGGAGGGACACUCAAGGCGGACGAUAUAGCAGUCUAAUUUUUGGAACCAACCUCACUGAUAUAGUCGUAACAGGGGACAAUGGAACAUUAGAUGGACAAGGUGAAGUGUGGUGGCAAAAGUUCCAUAAGGGGGAGCUUAGCUAUACCAGGCCUUACCUGAUUGAAAUCAUGCACUCAGAUGAUAUUCAGAUAUCGAAUCUGACUUUGGUUAAUUCUCCAUCCUGGAAUGUUCAUCCUGUUUAUAGCAGCAACAUUGUUGUUCGAGGCAUCACAAUUCUCGCUCCUGUGAAUUCGCCAAAUACAGAUGGGAUCAACCCUGACUCUUGCACGAACACGCGGAUUGAGGACUGUUAUAUAGUGUCCGGGGAUGACUGUGUGGCUGUGAAAAGUGGUUGGGAUGAGUAUGGUAUAGCUUAUGGAAUGCCAACUAAGCAGCUGGUGGUUAAAAGACUCACUUGCAUUUCUCCAACCAGUGCUGUGAUUGCUUUAGAAGAUUAG